UUUAGACUGGUUUUGGGGCGUUUCCUGUUUCAUUAGUGACAGUUUUGAUACUAUUGGGUAAUCCAUUGUAAGAGAAAAAGAGACUCAAAGACUCAGAUGUUUCAAAGAGCUACUUCAUCAUAAAUUGUUUUGUUAUUCGAAAAAAUAAUAUAUUUGUUUAAAUUGAACUUGAAAUAAGAGAACUUCUUGUUCUGGACAGAACAGUUUAUCAUGACAUCAAUGAGUCAUUAAAAAAAAUACACAAAUCUUACAUUGUAACAAUGUCAGCAAGAAGAUUAAUAAAUAGCCGCAUGGGUCGAAACCAGGGCCAGGGCGGUGGUUCCAUUCCCAGAGCUGUAAACGGGGGUAAUGUUCACUAUGUGGCUGUGAGACAAGAUGUUGUUACCCGUAAACGUGAGGAAAGAACGGUUCGAGAGGCAUUCAGAAGGGAGAAGAAAAUGACUUCGUAUCUGGAGGAGGAUGAAAAUUUCCCAAAUUUUAGGAACCAGCUUGCUAAACUUGGGCUAGAACUGAGAGAUAUUCCAGGAGAUGGGAACUGCCUAUUUCGGGCCCUGGGGGACCAGUACGAGGGUCAUGUGCGUAACCACUUCCGACACCGACACGAUGUUGUCAAGUACAUGGUCGACAAUAGAGUGGACUUUGAACCAUUCCUUGCCGAUGAGGAUACUUCAUUUGAUAGAUAUAUCCAUGCAUUACAGAAGAUGGGAACAUAUGCAGGCAAUGAUGCCAUCGUAGCGUUCGCACGACUUCACCAAGUGAACAUCAUUAUUCACCAACUCAACUCUCCAUUUCUCCUGAUCCAGGGCCUUGAGUCUUGCAGUACGUCAACGCGCCAAUUACACAUAGCCUAUCAUAACGGGGACCACUAUUCUAGUGUGAGGAAAGUGGGCGACAACACCGAGUCACCCACCAAUAUAAAGCUAAAGAUAGGGGAUAGUGACACUCUGACUGGUCCUAAGGAAUACACAGGAUAUGCAACAGGGGAGGAUGGGAUGGUGAGAGCCGUUAGAGAUUCUUCAAGACUUGUAGACGAAGUCAUGAAUGUUACUGGAUGUAAGGACUAUGAACAUGUGUAUGAGAGCCUGGCAGAUUGUGAUUACGAUGUGGACGCCACCAUUGCCUACGUCAUGCAAACCAUGGAAAUGUCAAAUGGUGCCACUACGGAUGAUUCAGCCUCACUUGCGUCCCAGAUGACCUCAACAGACAGUGGAAUAUGGUCAGAGAACAGCUCCACCCCAACCAAAACCAUGACAGGCAAACCAGGGCUGGACGUGAACCACAACCAUCUCGGUGCUAAAGGUCACUAUCGGGAUGUGAGUUAUGGGGGAAGCUCUGGUUACGGGUCAGUGAGCGAGCAUACAAGUGGCGCCAGGCCCAAAGUGAACAUUGAGGUGCAGCCUGCCGCUGAUAAGGGAGGGAAGCAGAAACAAUCGAGUAAACAGGCAAAGAAGCAGAAGAAGUUGGAGAAGAAAGCUAGAGCUGAGGAGAAACAUCGCAUGAAGUUCCUCGGCAUGCAACCACAGGUACAGGAUGAGGAUGCGGAUCUGAUGACGGUGAUAGUGAAGGAUUUGAAAAUGGCCAGAAUAUGAAAUGAUAAAAUAUAUUAUAUAGUUUGUGAUAGCUACAUCUUGAAUUAUGAGUUUAAAGAUUGACUGUUCAAUAAGACAUUGAGUUUAGAUAAAUAUACAUAUCUCACUGAAGGGAAAUCUUGUUAUAGCUAUAGUUAUGCAAAUAUGUAUUCCUCUAUAUUUAUUCCCAAGGAAUUACUUUUCAAAACCAUGAUGUUCACAAUUUGAUAACAAAUGCUGUGUUUCAUUAAGAGAUCUUAGUUGUUAACCUUAAACUGCAUAAAAGUUCUUGGGGACAUCCUUAAAGUUAGGAGCAGAAUCUAUAUCAUAAAUGUUCUUCCGAUAUUUAUAUUGAAACACAGUUUAUGUCUAAAUGGGAUUACACCUGGAAAUUUAUUAUCUUAAGAUAUUUAUUGAUACUGGGGCCAGGGAUAAUUAUGUUAAUUCAAAAUUUAUGUUAAUUCAAAAGUACAAGAAUUGGUGGGAUUGGACUUAUAACUUACAUAAUUGUUAAGUGUGUAUAUAGAUAUAUUAAACCUUACACAAAUAUUGUGUUGAGGAAAUGAAUUAUAACACAUACUGUGUAUAUUUUGACUACAGGUUUGAUAAAUUUUUCAUUUGUUUCACUGUUGAAUUAUUGCAUAAAUGGUUCAUAUUUCCAUGUUGGUUGUUAUUGGGGUUCUGGUGACAAAUUCAAGCUGUCAAAGGCUGAAGGCAACAUUGAUAUAACUUGGUGAAUUAUGUAGGAAGUAAGGUGAAUGUUGCAUUGAUCCCUCUGUGUAUUGAACUGCUGUCUUUCUGUAACAUAGUGUUGUCUAUCAGUAUCAUGAUUUGUUUGCUCAGUGUUAUGUUUUUAUGUGAUAGUAUUGUAUAAAACUCUGAUUUGAUUUAUUUGAUUAGUCCCAUAUUAAUAAAGUAUUCCCUUUAACAUCAAUGCAGGUUCAUAAACACGUUGAGCUGACACAUAUGUGACACAUACAUGUUUGUUUACUCCUUUGAGAUGGACUGAACACUUAUUGCAAAUAUAAUGACAGGGUUUUCCCAGGGUAUUUUCAGAUGGGGGCCUUGAACCCGCAUGAUUGACAAACGUGGGGCGGGGGGGGGGGGGUAUAUUGUAUGGUAAUUGUAUAGGGUUUAUAUUGGACAAAAGUUUAUCUUUGGGUGUCCUAGAAAUGCACUAACGGUCCAAGAUAGGGUACUAUUAAAUAAACUUUUGAGUUAUGGAUGCAGAUUUUCUCUGUGAGGGAAAUCCCUCGAAAUAAUACCAUAUGCUUAAGAGAUGAACUCAUUGUAUUGUCAUAUGCAUAAUAAGCUAAAUCCAAUUCUGUUAUGUCUUUCUCAUGUGUUUAAGAGAAAUAUCUUAACUACUCUUGCAGAUAUUAAAUCAAUGUGAUAGCACUUUAUAUGAAUGUGUUUGUAGUGUUCUUUUGCAGGGUACAAACUCUUAGGAUAAUGUUUAGGUAUCCAUGUCAACAUAAAUGGAAUGGCAGAUUGUUCAGACCUUUGUUCAAGCUAACAAUGUUGUACAGCAUCAUUGCUAACUUAGUCAUGAAACAAUUUAUGCCAUGUUUAUAUAUUAAAAACAACAAACAAGCAAAACAAGAAGUUGUUGUCUCCAUAUAAGAACUACUGCAAAUCACAAGUGGAUCCAUGAAACUAUCAGAAAAUAAUUCGCCACUAGAAUCCCCGAGAGUUAAAGAUUUGAAAGUUAAAAAUGAUGGCAUUACCAAUGAUGACGUUAACACUGAUAAUUUCAACAAUGUUGAAAACUUAAAACAAGGUCAGAUCAGUCAGCCAACGUAGUGCAACUUGUUAUAUUUACAUUCUGUUAGACAUAUUUGCUGUUGUUGUUGAAUCAUUUUAAUUUAUGGGCAUUAACUUUGGAAAGAUUACUUUCAAAGAUUUAGAUUUGUUUUCCUUAAUUGUUAAAUUUAUUUACAAGCCUAUUUAUUUAGUAUAGUUUCUUAUGUUGGCUGUCUUCAUGAAACUUAUCAUGACUUGUACAGAAGAUGAUUUAAAAUAUUGGUCUAAAGUGAAGGCUAGUAGAAAAUGUUUCUAAUAAACUAAUUGUAUAAAUAUUGACUGGUCAGUGUUUAAAACUGCACUGUAUUUUGUUUUGUUUAAAAUACAAUUAAUAUAAAAAGUCAUGUUAAUUGUUUAAGAUAAUUAGAAGAAAUUGCAUGUUUAUAAUUAACGUACAAUUUCGUAUAAACAUUAGAAAGAAUAGUCUAUAUACAAAUUACAUGGGUAGUAGUAAUGUACAUUUAUGUUAGCGUAGAAAGUAAUGUAAGAAUACAUGUACUGUAUCUGAUGGUGAAGUGUCAUAGAAACCAUUAAUUGUCACUUAAAUGCAAUAAAUUUAUAUCCGCUUCUAUUUCUUUAUGCAUUUAUCGCGUUAUUGCACUAGGCUGACCAUUUUUUUUAACAUGUAUGCUGUAAAUAUUUAUAAUUCUAUGUUUUUGUUUUGUAUAAUAUUUGUAAUUGUUUAUUAUACAUAGAGAUUGCAUCAUAUCAAUAUUGAAUGUUGAAAAUGUUAUUCAUGCUUUAUGCUAUGUAUAGUUUGCACUGUACAUACUAUACAAAACCAGGGGUGGUAUUCACAAAACAUCUUAAGUCAUUUUCUUAACAUAAGUUGAUUUCCUAACAUUUUCAUUGUCAAAUUAACAGAAAAGUACACACGUUUUUGACAUAAAAGUAUAAACAUUCCAUCGAAUCAAUGAAAAUAAAGUAUUACAGAUGUUAUUAUAUUAUAUAAUCAGUGGGGUACUUAACUUGAGAAAAGGACUUAAGUUUAUGUAGGAAAUGAUGUAAGAUGUUGUAUGAAUAUUGGCCCUGACCCAUUACACUGAAGGCAAUAUAAUCAUGUCAGUAGUAUUUGUUUUUGUAUCCAUGCAAUGUAGUAUUCAGAACCAGUGAAUUGUAUUUAUCUAUUGUAUCUUAUAUGAAUUUGAAUCUUACAUGAAUUGUAUAAAUGUUUAUGUUUUUCUAUUGAAUUGUACAUGUAACUGAAUGUUUAGUUUUCUAUUGACUACCAUGGUUGAGUAACUGUCGGCUGACUAACUUGAGUGAGCAUGGCAGAGUAAAUAGCUUUAUCAUGGACUUGUGUUAGCAUGGCAGAGUAAAUAGCUUUAUCAUGGACUUGAGUGAGCAUGGCAGAGUAAGUUGCUUUAUCAUGGACUUGUGGAAAUGGAUAUGAAACUAAGGUUAUUCAUCGUACAAGAUUAUGAUUAGAUGUUUACAACUUACAUUUGAUGAGGUUAUGUUUAAAAUAAGCUAAUGAGUAUAAGUUACUUACAACAUUGGUAAACCUAAGUGAGAUCAUAGCCUUGGUGCUUCGAAGCAUGCACAAGCUUCGUUAUCAGUCAUAACCUUGGAAACAAUUGAAGACAUUUGUUCACUGUGUGUAGCAAGUCCCAUAACUCUGUCUAACACGUUUCAGGAGGUCAUACCCCUCAAGUCAGAUGAGUGUUGGUAUUAGUUUGUGGUGCUUUUGUUGUAAACCAGAGACAGUAUUGCUGUGCAAUACCUUUACAAACUCUGACUUUGUCACGAGCACUAUCUUAUAGACUUGUCACUUCUUGUGAGCAUCUUUUCCAAAUUCUUAUUCUUGUAGUUGUUAUACAAUUUUCUAAAAGGAAUGUGCACAAUGUUAUUUGAGAUAUUUUGUUAAUCUUGCAAUAUUUUGUUAUGUAGUCUUGGGCUCAAUUUUUGUAAAUGAGCUUUUAUAUAGACAUGGUCUUUUUACAUGAAAGUUUGAAAGCAGGUGGUAAAUGUUUGUCUUUCAGUUGUUACUGGGCAGGGGUAUAUAUCAUUGAUUGUGAUAGCUGUAUUUAUAUAUAUCUAAGUACUUGAAAAGUGAAGAGUUUCUCUUAUUACUAGUAUAAAUACUAGUAACUUGCAGAUUCUAACAUCUUCUGUUUUCUUAAAAUAAAACAAAUAUGCAGUUAAUUAUAAAAAAACUGCUGUUUCAAUGUGAGAUUUAUGAGUUUUACUUCUGAGUAGGAGGUUGAAUUCAUUAAUUUUGUAAUAAAAUGUGAUUAUGUUUUUUAAAUACUAUUUGUAUACAAGGCAUCAGAAUCUUGUAUAAAAUGCACAUGGUAGUUUGUGUUACCAUAUUUAUGUUGUAUAUACCCUUGUUGCUUCAGGCAUUCCAGGAUGGCAAUUGUAUCAAAUACUCGUUGGAAAAUACCAAAUGUCAGCUUUACAGGCAAUAUUGUAACAUAGUCAGAAACCAUAUACCAAUAUUUACACCUCAACUUCCAUUCCUUAAAUGAACUGCCUUUCGGCAAUUGCGUUCAUCAAUCGAUGAACACAACAUCUUCGGAUAUGUUCGGAUCGUAAUUCAUUGCAUAACAAUAUACAUGAAAGCUAUUGAUCUUGUUAUUGGUUGUAUUGUGUCUGCAGGUCCCGUAAAAUAUACAUCAACAUUUUUAAAAGUGUUAGUUUAUUAUAUUUUAAAUAUAAUGGUACAAGAAGUGUUUAAAUUUUACGUUUUAAAGUGAUUUCAAGUGGUUGAUCUUUUCCUGCGUUAUUGUGACGUCAUUUGAAAAAAAUGUUUCCGGUUAUAGUCGGGUCGUUCUAUUUACAGAAUGGGUAAGAACGGAUUACUUAAAGGUUUUCUUAAAUGAAAUGAAGAAUUUUUUUAACAAUUCUUGAACGAAAUAAUGAACUAUUGGUGUAAAUAUAAGGAAUGAAUUGCGAGGUUGAUGUCAUUAUCGGGGAUAUGAACGCAAUUGGGUUGGUCAAAGUACGCGUGGAGUCCACACACAUUGACCAACCCAAUUGCGUUCAUACCCCAAUAAUGACAUCAACCCCGCAAUUCAUUCCUUAAUUAGUCUUAUGUUCAGUUAGUUUCAUGCCACAGAAUUUAACUAACAUGAUAAAAAUGUUAAACAUUUGAUUUGAGAAAGAUUUUGAUUGGUGGUACCGUAUUUUCCCGACUAGAAGACGGGGAAAUUUGGUCCCGAUUUUGAACCUUAAAGUAGGGGCCCGUCUUAUAAGCGAGUCUAUAAGAAUAGAGUCAUAAUCACGAAUAUUCAACAUAAGGUAUUCAACUGACUUAUUUAUUGUCUGUUGAUGACACCCCAAUAACAAUGACACGAUCACACCCAUCGGAUUAAGACGACCAUCUGCUUUGCACCUGUAUUUAAAGCAUAUUUUGUGGAAUGUAACAUCGUACCAGUAGGUAUUUUUACCUAACACUCUCAUACAAAAAAGAUACUCAAUACAUCUAGCAAGUUUUAUGGGUGGAACACUGAAGCUUAUUUUGUGAAAUUUGACAUCUAGAUCCAGUAGGUAUUCGUUAUGAUACACUUGCAUAAUUAUGAAACCUGUAUUGCCUGUUUGUUGAAUCUAAUGAUUCUGUGUUACGUUUAGAUUAUAUUUUGUAACUUUGUAUGCAAUAAAAAACCUGUUGAAUGAUUUACUUUUUCAAUAAAAAUAGUGAAAAAUGUC